AUGGAGGAUAAACCCAACAAAUCUGGGAAAGCUUCGUCAGUUAGUUCUAGGAGCACCUCUUCAAGAUCUUCAACCAGUAAUGCAACAGCUAGGGCAAGAGCUGUGGCUGAAGCGGCACGAGCAUGUGCUUCAUUCGCAGAGAGAGAGCUGGCCAUGAAAAAAAAAAAAGCAAGGUUGGAAGCAGAGAAAGCCACAUUGGAGGCUACAUUGGAAGCAUUACAAGCAGAAAAGAAGGCGGCAGCUGUGCAGGCUGAGGCUGAAAUUCUAGAGGCUGCAGCAGAGGUGGCUGAAUAUCACAGUGAGUCCAAAAGCAGUUCUGACACACCUCUAACUGUCUACGAGCGAACAAAUAAGUAUGUUGAGGAUCAAAGCAAAUGGAUUACCAUAGACAGCAUCCCUAGAAGUCCAUCGCAAAGCAACACAAAUCUGUUGUCAGCAACACAUGAUGUCACUCAGGUGAAUCAUUCACGCAACGAUGACACCACUCCAUACGUUGUAACCGCUGAACAGACAAAGACGGAUGAGGUCACAAAACCAGCUGAAUCCCAAAUUCCUCAAGCUCAGAGUUUCCAGUUGCUGAACACCCACAUCAUUAAACGAUCUCCAUUCAAGAGUGAGCCACCUUCACCUCAUUCAAACAAUGCUCCUCAUCAGCAUUCCUUCGUAUAUGCGCCACCAUACAGUACACCGCAGGUAUAUCCUACCAAAGCAGUCAGCAUAAUGGACUUUGCAAAAUAUCAAGCACCAAGAGAACUCGUUACCUCUGGGCUCACAAAGUUUGAUGACCAACCCGAAAAUUAUAGAGCAUGGCAAGCUUCCUUCAUCAAUGUCAUUGAAGGACUUAAUCUGACAGCAGAUGUUGUGCAUCAAUGUCCCACUUAGCCAGAGACUGCAAAACGCCACUGAAAUGCAGAGAAUGUGAAAGUGAACGCCACUCCACAGCUAUGCAUCCAGGACC